AUGAUUCGGACUGUUUUCAGACAGGCUGUGCGGAGCAAGCUGCUGCUGCUGUCGACCUCAGCAUUAGCGUACAAGCUGUUGCACCGCAACCAGAAGCGCCCGCCCCUCCCCACGUUUGAAGCGCCCAACUGGCUGGCGGAGGAAGCGGUGCUGUCGAUCCUCUACGAGACCCCCGUCCCCUCUAAAGCCCCCCGCAAACAACACGUGCUCAACUGUCUCGUGCAAAACGAGCCCGGGGUGUUGUCGCUGGUGUCGGGGACCCUCGCCGCCCGCGGGUUCAACAUCGACUCGUUGGUGGUGUGCAACACCGAAGUCAAGGACUUGUCGCGGAUGACGAUUGUUUUAAGAGGUCAGGACGCCGUCAUCGAACAGGCGAGACGCCAGAUCGAGGACUUGGUGCCGGUAUACGCCGUGCUUGACUACACCAACGCCGAGACCGUUAAGCGGGAAUUAUUGAUGUGCCGCGUGUCGUUAUUGGGCCCGGAAUACUUCCAGGACCUCAUCGCCCUGCACAAAGUGCAAGUGAACGAAGGGCUGGCCAUCCCCGACUUGGGCGCUAAGGAAUCGCAGUUCCACCCGCUGAACUUGGCCCCCUCGGAGGCGUUGCGCCAAAAGCACAACCACUUGGACCACAUCACCACGCUUACGGAGAAGUUCGGCGGUAAGAUCGUCGACAUCUCCGACCGCAACGUCAUCGUCGAGUUGCUGGCGAAGCCGUCGCGGGUGUCGCUGUUCAUCCAGCUUUUGCAACCGUUUGGCAUUUUGGAAAUUGCCCGCACGGGGAUGACGGCGUUGCCGAGAACCCCCUUGGAAGGCAUCCAAGAAGACGACGACGCCAUUGAUGCCGCCGACAUCGUCGACGCCUCGCAAUUGCCCCCUGGUUAA